AAGAAAAAAAACCUCCGAGACCCGUUCAAAAUCACACAUGCAGCUAGACGGAAGGUACAUGAUCCCGACAGGCGGACAAGGUUUUGCCAGAGACAAAAGCAUGAUGCCGGUGGAAGGGAAAGGUGGAGAAGUCGACAAAAGACGUUGCGUUUAGAGAGUGUCAUACAACAGUUCCUAUACUUUGGGGAUUCUUCCUCAUCGGCAUUUUCUAAAGACCUCCAAUCACAAAAAAAGGAACACCAAGGAAAUGAUUCACGACGGCUAGAGGCGUAUAUAAGCGGCGGAGGAACGAUAGAUCCGCCGGCCAGUGCAAAUAUACCUCUCGUCGGGAAUAAAAACGGGGAAAGAGGUUCGGGCCUCGGCUACAAGUUAUUGGCUAUCGGUUCUGGGAAAAUGGGCCCGUUUCGCUGCAGUCGGUUGGCCCUCGGCUGGUCCCGGUCAGCCAUAAAACGGCGCCUCAGCCCCGACUGA